UCACGACCCGAGCCGAAGGCAGACACCCAACCAUCCGAGCCACCCAGGCGCCCGUGAAGCCACAAUUUUGACACGAGUGCCGCGUGGGUGCUGCUGCAUUGGAAGCACAGAGGAACGGUCCCCAGAGCCCAAUUACAUGUCAGGAGCAAGGCGGAAGUUCACCUGCUUUGCUGACACCAGAUGUUAUCAAGGGGGUUAUAGUGAAGUUGGUGAUAAAUCUGUAUACAGAAGAAUUAGGAUGUUGGACAAGGACUUCCAGCUUUGUCCUUCCUCAGAAUGUGAAAAAGAGAGAACAGUAGAGCCAGCACCGUACAUCCCUGCUGCUGGACCUCAAUCCUGUGAGGAAGCAUUUUCCAGGGCCCCAGUCAGAAGUGAAUCAGACCAGGAGUCUUCACAGACACAAGAAUCAGGCAAUGUGUAUUUUUCAGAAGAGAUUUGCUUGGAAGAGAAGACACUAGUGCCCCUCCAGGCUCCUAAACUUUUUUCUGGGGUUGAACCAGCUUGUAAAAGUAAUCAGUUUCUAGGACCUGAAGGAAAUGUGGAUAUUGAGUUGAUUGAUAAGAACGCAAACAGAUACAGCGUCCACUUCCCCACGGCUGGCUUCUAUCUAUGGCCAGCGACACACCUUGGCUUCUCGGUAACAGCAGCGGUGACCGUGAGGAUUGUGUUCGAUUCUUGGGGUCAGCAUCUGGACCUGAAGUUACAGCACGAGGAGCAGUGGAUGGUGGCAGGCCCUUUGUCUGAGGUCUCCGUGGAGCCCGAGGGGGUCAUUACUGAAAUCCACCUCCCCCACAUCAUCUCCCUCCCAGCAAAUGAGGUCGGUAUCUCUUGGUUCCAAGUUGCCCAUUUUAAGGAUGAGGGGAUGGUCCUAGAGCCGCCAGCCCGAGUGAAGCCUUUCUGUGCAGUCCUGGAAAACCCCAGCUUCUCUCUGAUGGGGAUCCUGCUGAGAGUCGCCAGUGGGACCAGUGUUUCCGUCCCCAUCACUUCCACGGUCCUGAUCUAUUAUCACUUCCACCCUGAAGAUUCUAAAUUUCACUUGUACCUUAUCCCCAGCGACUCCUUGCUAAUGAAGGCAAUAGAUGAUGAAGAAGCUAAGUUUCAUGGUGUGCGUCUGCAGACCUCACCCCCAGUGGAUCCCCUGAAUUUUGGUUCCCGUUACAUUGUGUCCAGUUCACCUCACCUGGAAAUAAUGCCCAAGGAGUUGAAAUUAUCCUACAGGAGUCCUGGAGAAAUCCAGGUAUUCUCUAAAGUCUAUGCUGGGAAGAUGGAGGAACCAAUUGUACUUAAAAUUACGAACAAAAGACACAAGACUUUGGUCUGGCACACUUGGGUGAAGCCAGUGGACCUCAAGUUUCAUGCCACAUUGGUCCCUCCUCCUUUCUCAGGCGUGGCCUUUAUGAAGGAGUACCGCCGGCAGCUGCAAGCCAGGCUGGGGGACCUGAAUGGAGUACUGGAUGAUCUUCAGGACAGUGAGGUCUUCACUGAGGAAGAGAAGGAGCUGGUGCAGCGGUUGCCAACACAGCGGAGGAGGAAUGAAGCCUUGCUGACGAUGGUGGAGAAGAAAGGGCCCCAGGCCCUGGAGAUACUCUUCAGGAGCCUUAAUCAAAGAGACCCUUACCUGAUGUCCUACCUCAGCCGGCAGAGUUUACAAUGACUCAGGCUGGUACUCAGGUAGAGAGAAUCCAGUGUUCGCCAUUGAAAAUGGAUAAAUGGGUGCUUGGGUGGCUCAGGAGCUUAAGCAUCUGACUCUCGAUUUCAACUCAGCUUGUGAUCUCAGGGUCGUGAUGAGACUGAGCCGCGCGUUUGGCUCUACAUUAAGCAGGGAGUCUGCCUGAGGUCCUCUCCCUCUGCCCCUCCUCCCACUCCUCUCAC